UUCAUCAGGUUCAUUAAGUUUAUAUUCAAAUAUUGCCCAGCAAAAAUGAUUCCUGAAACAGAUUACAUGAUAAAAAAUAAAAUCUUCAAUAUAAAGUCUCGCAAAGGACGUAUUAUGAAGAUCGUUAAAGAACAUUAUCUGCGUGAUGAUAUAUUUUGCGGCUCAGAACUUUGCCAAACUUGUGUCAUGACUGCUAAAACGAGAAAGUUAAAAAAAUUUAUAGAAUGUGUGAAUCUAAUUCAAGCUCCUAUUCACUAUAUAAUUCCUGACACAAAUAUAUUCCUACAUCAAAUGCAUCUAUUUGAAAAUGAUAUUUAUGAAAAUAUGAUUGUUUUGCAAACUGUCUUGGAAGAAAUAAAAUCUAAAAAUUAUUCUAUAUUCAAAAGAAUUUGUGAACUUAUUUUAAAUCCUGAAAGAAAUGUUUUUUCUUUUGCGAAUGAACAUCACAUUGACACAUAUUGUGAAUCAAAAUAUGGUGAAACAAUUAAUGAUAGAAAUGACAGAGCUAUAAGAGUUGCCACAAAUUGGUAUAACAAACAUUUGGAAAAUUUUAAGAUAAUAUCUAUACUGAUAACAAAUGAUAUUAAAAACAAACAAUUAGCUAUAAGUGAAGGAUUAAAAUCUAUGGAUUUAAAAGAUUAUAUUCAAACUUAUUACAAAAAUAAAGAUGAAAUGAUUGAUAAAAUGUUUUCAGUUGUAUCUAAAGAAGAUUUACACAAAGAUAUUUAUGAUGAAAAUAAUCAAAUAACCUUUCCUGAACAUUUACCAACAUUUGAGGUAGAAAAUGGAAUUAAAUCAGGAAAAUAUCAUAAAGGAACAUUCAUGAUGAGUAGAAAUAAUUACCUAGAAGCAGAUGUAUCCUUAUUUAAUAUAGAUCAAGAUCUAAUAUUUAUAAAAGGACUGAAAAAUAUGAAUAGAGCGGUUCACCAAGAUAUUGUAGCAAUAGAAAUAAUGCCUGAGAGCUUGUGGGUCAAACCUUCUGAUUUGUUGUUAGAAAAUGAAAAUGAGAUAGAUAAUGAUGAUAUCAUUUUACCAAAGGAUACUAAUUCUAUCAAUGAUUUAUCAAAAACUGUAUCAACUAAAAAUAAGCCACGUAAGACAGGGAUAGUGGUCAGUAUUUUGAAAAGAAAGUGGCGUCCAUAUACUGGUUUUGUCAUUUUGCCUUAUAGGAAAGACACGCUACAAUCCACAUCCUCAAAUUGGUAUACGUUCGUUCCAACGGAGAGCAGGAUUCCCAGGAUCAGAAUUCAAUUGAGCAAAUCCACUCUUGAAUCUUUCCUAAUCUCUGAUCAAUCCUUCAACUUGGUAAGUGAAGAUAACACAGACCAAAGGAAAAGCAAACUCUUAGUGGUUCAUAUCGAUUCUUGGCCACCACAUUCUAGAUAUCCCAAGGGACACUACGUGAAGACAUUGGGCAAUAUAGGUGAUAAAGAAAGUCAAAAUGAGGCCCUUCUAAUUGAGCAUGACAUCAAGAAUUAUGAAUAUCCUCUCAAAGCUCUCAAAUGUUUACCUCAACCUAAUUGGAAAAUUUCUGAUCAAGAUAUCAAAGAAAGAGUAGACCUAAGGACAAGUAGGUUGAUAUUCAGCAUAGAUCCACCAGGGUGCACAGAUGUUGAUGACGCCUUACAUUGCUAUCUCCUUCCGAAUAACCAUUUGGAAGUGGGUGUUCAUAUAGCAGAUGUGACUCAUUUUGUUGAAUUGAACAAGGAUCUAGACCUAGAAGCACGAGAUAGGGCCACCACUGUUUACCUCGUGGAUAAGAGGAUUGAAAUGUUGCCCACCCUUUUGAGUUCCGAUAUCUGCUCAUUGCUUGCUAACCGAGAUAGAUUAGCCUUUUCUGUUAUUUGGGAAAUAGAAGCGGAGACAGGUCAUAUAAUUAAAAUGAAUUUUAGUAAAAGCCUUAUUCGGUCUAGCGCCAAGUUGACUUAUGAAGAGGCGCAAAAUAUUUUGAAUUUGUAUAGUAGUGUGUACCACUUGAAAGAAAAUGCUAAUCAUAAUCAUGAUGACAAUCAAUCAGCCACAAAAUGGCGGCAGGAAUGUUUGGCUAAUUUGAGCUUUAAUGAUGAUGAAACCUUAAAUGACCAGAGUGAUUUGUUGGCUAAUAUUGGCAAAUCUAUCUAUCUCUUGCAUAACCUGGCUAAGAUAUUGAAGCAGAAACGCUUGGAUAAAGGAGCUCUUAUAUUGUCAUCUUCAGAGAUGAAGUUCUUGAUGGAUUCAGAAACUAACGAACCGGUAACUCUCUCUCCUAAGCAAAAUUUUGAAACGAACUCCUUAGUGGAAGAAAUGAUGUUGUUAGCAAAUAUAACUGUAGCCACAAAGAUACACUCUACUCUCGGCCAGUGCGCGGUAUUAAGGAGACAUCAAUCUCCUCCCCUCUCCAAUUUCGAUCCGUUAAUUCGAGCUGCCAAUACUUUAAACAUUAAACUGGAUAUAGACAACGGUAAAGCAUUAGCUAUGUCAUUAGACAAAGCUGAGACGCAAGAGGAGUUUUUUUCACAGAGCAAGCUUAAAAAGAUAGAAGAACACGAUGAUCCUAGCAAUUCUGAACCUGAAAUACUAAUUACACCCUCAACCACACCUUAUCUGAUAACUUUACUCAGAGUUUUGACCGCAAGAUGCAUGAUGGAAGCUCUUUACUUUUGUAGCGGUACUCUCAGUCACAGUGAAUUCUUUCAUUAUGGAUUAGCCACAGAAAUUUACACUCAUUUUACUUCGCCUAUUAGACGGUACGCAGAUAUCAUGGUUCAUAGAUUAUUAGCCGUUUGCAUAGGUUAUCAAGAAAUAGACCCCCAAAUGCAAGACAAAAAUUUUAUUCAAAACAUCUGCAACCAUUUGAACACGAGAAACAGAAAUUCAAGGAAUGCCCAAAGAGCUUCGGUAGAAUUGCAAAUUCAAUUAUAUUUCAAGGAUAAAGUGAUAGACGACGAAGCUUACAUUAUAGGUGUACGUAAGAACGCCAUAAGAGUUUUGGUUCCUAAAUAUGGUAUAGAAGGUUCUAUCUACCUCAAAUCCACCGUUCAAAAUGCUGAAGAAAUACUCAACAGACUUAAAUACGAUGAACAAGAAUCUACCUUGACUUACUCUCACAACGAUUAUAAGAUUAGUACGCUUAGAUGUUUUGACAAGGUUCAAGUAAGGAUGGGCCUAAUAACCAAUUUUUACCCAUCAAAUCAAUCUCAUUUAUCUUCUCUUCCGAAUAAUAAUAAACUCACCAUUAGGCUCAUAAAACCUCACAUUCCAGGCUUCGAAACUUACGACUAUUUGAGAUCGUCAAACGUUAUCCAAAAUGUUGAUUCCGAGGGCACUACGGAUAAAAUUUCUAAUAAAAAAAUGAAGAUAUAAUUGUGAAAAUGGCGAUAUCAAAAUAUACGAAACAUGAAAUUGUUUGAAUAAAUAUUGAUUGUCAAUCAUAUGUUAUAAAGAUAAAUAUAUAUAAUA